AUGACUCAGCUCCCUGGUCCAGGUACCUGGAGGGCUGCAAGAGCUGAUUGCACCGCCUACAUAACAACGUCGACAACUACUUCUCGUCCCACCACUCCCUCGCGUCGUUCUCGAAAUGGAGCCACCCCUUCUAUCCUUGGCCAGAGCGACUCGUACGAUGUCGUCUGCGCAGUCAGUGAAGCACGGGGCGUCACUCCUACAGUGGGAAUAGCUAUGGUAAACUUGUCUCUCGGUGAAGUUACUCUCAGCCAAAUAUGUGACAACCAAUCCUACGUGAAGACAAUUCACAAGCUUCAGCUAGCAUGUCCUUCUCGCAUAGUCUUCAUGCCGUCGGCAUGCUCUCCCAAUGAGCCUAGCACAUUUUUCUCUCUUGUCCAGAGAUUGAUACCCGAAGCGGAGAUAUCCUCUCACGACCGUUCCGCCUGGUCUGAAUCUAGCGGCAUAGAGUACAUAGAGCACCUUGCCCCUGAAGGUGAUAUUGGACCAAUUAAAGUGGCUAUUCAAGGCAAAUACUAUGCCAUCUGCUGCUUGUCCGCCGCCAUGAAAUAUAUCGAUCAUCAAUUUAACCUCAGCUUCUCUCCUCAAUCGCUGCGUAUCCGAUAUCAACCCUCCGAAGACACGAUGAUGAUUGACAUAUCUGCUAUGCAGUCACUCGAAGUAAUGAGAAACCUAAAGUCUGCCAAAUCGAAAGAAUGCCUGUUUGGGUUGUUGGAUCACACCCUUACACCGAUGGGUUCUCGCGUGCUUCGCAACAAUAUGCUCCAACCACCUACCGAUUUUGAUGGGUUCAUCAAGACACGGUAUGAUGCGCUCGAAGAGAUGGUCACCAACGAAGAAAUGUUUCAUGAAAUUCGCAAAGCACUUGAGCUUUUCCAUGAUGCUGAGAAAACUCUCACCAAGCUAGUCAUCAUUCGGAAUACUACCGGAGUAUUUGCAGUUGAAGAACAGAUCAAUCACAUCCUCAUGAUAAAAUCUUUUCUUGAAUCAGUUCCUGAUCUCUAUAGAGCCCUUCACCCAGCACAGAGCGAUUUGCUUGUCAAGAUACGGAAUCUGUGCCGACCGGAGACUACGGUUCCAAUUCUACUCAACAUCAAAAAGGUGAUUGAGGCCGAUGUUACUUACAUGAAAUCUCCACUAGACCUGCGCAACCAAAGGGCCUUUGCGGUCAAAUCUGGCAUUAGCGGCAUGUUGGAUGUUGCUCGUCAAACUUACAGAGAGCUUAAUGAAGUAAUUCACAUAUACUCGGAUAAAGUCAGCGAGGACUAUCGCGUUGCGGCAUCCUUGAAAUAUGAUAAUCGGCGCCUGUACUGGUUUCGAAUUCCUAGAGUAGGCCUCGACAUGGAGGCGAUACCACAAGAUUUUAUCAAUGUGAUUCCAAAAAAGAGCUACAUCGAAUGUCAGACUCUUGAUCUCGUCAAGUUGAAUCAACGGCUCUUGGACACUUCAAACGAGAUAAUCAUGCGAAGCGAUGCCGUCAUUCGUGGUUUGGUGAAAGAACUGCGACGCCAAGUGUCUCCUCUAUUUCGGGUAUGCGAAUCAAUUGCUCUUGUGGAUAUGAUAUCGUCCUUUGGUCAAAUCACCACCACACGGGACUAUGUCAGACCUAAUAUCGAGGACACAUUGGCCUUAAAAUCAGCAAGGCACCCAAUCCUUGACAAGAAAAUGGUAAGUGAAUAUGUGCCCAAUGAUUAUUAUGCAACUGAGAGAUAUCGCUUUCACUGUGUCACGGGAUGCAACAUGAGCGGUAAGAGCACAUACAUUCGAUCAGUAGCUUUGCUUCAAAUUAUGGCGCAAAUCGGAUGUUUUGUCCCAGCAGAAUUCGCAACCUUUCCCAUCAUACACAAUAUCUUUGCUCGAAUAUCAACCCAAGAUAAUAUAGAGGCAAACCUGUCGAGUUUUGGGGUAGAGAUGAGAGAAAUGGCCUUCAUCUUGAAGAAUAUUGACAACAAAAGCCUUGCAAUCAUUGACGAGUUGGGCCGUGGGACAAGCGUCAGAGAUGGCAUGGCAAUUGCAAUGGCCAUAUCCGAAGCUCUGAUUGACACAGGGGCAUCCAUCUGGUUUGCAACCCACUUUGUCGAGCUAGCUCGAGUACUUGCAGACCGCCCCGGGGUCCUGAAUCUCCAUCUUGCGUCCAACACCUCUGUUGGAGACGGAGGGAUACCUCAAUUGACAAUGCUUUACAAAGCCACCGCGGGCACUGUUGAUGACGAGAAUCAUUAUGGAAUUGCUUUGGCUCGUGCAAUUGGAAUGCCGGAGAGCUUCAUUAAUUGUGCGGAGUCUGUUGCAAAUGAUUUGAGAAAGAGGCGAGAAUCGAACCGACAGAGCUCCGAGUCAUAUAAAGAAAUACACCGACGCAAACUCGUAUUGAACCUCUAUGAAGCCAUUAAGCAAGCCAACAAUUCUUCAAACAAGGAAGCUCUCCCUGGCUACCUCAAGCGUCUCCAAGAAGAGUAUAUUCUGCGUUUGACGGAAAUUGAAGAAAUGUAA